AAGUUCCGCCGUAAGCAAAUAGUUUUGACAGGGACAUAUUGAUCUAUAAUACAGUUUUAUCUUUUUUUGAGUUUAAAAAAUCAAUGCUUUUUGGAGGGCUCUAUAGCUAAUUAACUGUGUUUGUUGGUUUUAUAAACUCGCAGAAGACCCGGGCAAACUUCGCUGUUGCACCAAACAAACAUGGCCGCUUCCCCGCCGUCAGAUGUGUGUGAGGGAAUCACCGACAAAGAAAUGGAUUCAAGUGUGGAAACGGACGGUUGCCCUGCGAAGGAAAAUGGAAGUGAGUCUGAAAAGAAAGACGCGAACAAACCCAAGCUGGAAUCAGAAGAUACCUUCAAGAUACCAGCUCUUUUUGCGGCACCGUCCCUCUCCAGUAAACGCGGCUCCGCGGCUCCAUCAAAACACACGACUGGACCCGAAACUAAGUGUGUGACGGAAAUAAGCAAAGCCGAAGCUGUGGAUACUUCAACUGAGGACUCCACCGCUCCUGUUAAAGAAAACAGAACCACUGAAAAGGGUGAAGAAGAUGAUAAAAAUAGUGAAAAGGACAAGCCCGUGGCUCCUGUCAAAGCGAAGCCAGCAGCUAAACCCCGCCAGGUCCCCUCUAAAGGUCCCCCGGCAGGUAAGUUCCCCCCUCUGCCUUACACAGAGCCUCCCUGGGGUGGCACAGCUCCAGAGAUCUCUUACGCUUUGGAAAUCCUUAAAAACGGGACCAUAGUGGACACCGUCCCCCUCACACACCGGAGUUAUUUCGUGGUCGGACGUUUACCUGUGUGUGACGUCUCCUUGGAGCAUCCCUCCAUCUCCAGGUACCAUGCCAUCAUCCAGUACCGCAGCCAGACCGGGGAGGGGGAGUCCGUGGGAGAGGAGAGGGGCUUUUACGUCCACGACCUGGGUAGCACACACGGGACUGUAGUGAACAAGAAUAAGAUCCCACCGAAGACCUACAUCAGGCUGCGCGUGGGACACGUGCUGAAGUUUGGAGGGAGCACGAGGCUUUUUAUUCUGCAGGUGAGUCAGAUAAAAAAAACUCCCAGCAGACAUUUAGAGCAGAAGUAGUUGUCCGUAUUGGCUUCAUCUAAGUAAGAGGUAAUAGGUACACUAACCAGCUGAUACACUACAAACAGAACAGGGAAUAAAUAGAUCAUGACUAAAAGGGAUAUUCCGGUGUAAAAUUAAGUUAGGGUCAAACACACCCUAACACCCUUGAGAGAUGAAUGUUGCCAACUGCUUGUGUCUGUAGUUAUACCAACUUAAGUAGCGACCGCAGGAUAGCAGUACACAGCGGUCUGAGGAGCCAUAAACAAACCUCAUCCAAAAAGCCACUCUAUAGCCACAAAUAAUGCUCAGAACAGCAAACCUUCAUCAACAGUACAUAUAGGGUCCCAGCCAUUGUACUAGCCAUCAAACAUCUUUUUAACUUUGCCUAAUUUCUUUAGCAAAGAGACCAAACACAACUCACCCACUCUCUUCCAGAAGCCACUUGUUUGUAGUGAGACCUCGACCAGUCCAUUGAUGUGUAAUCUAAAUCAACAUUUAUGAUAAUUUCUUCAUGGAAAUGCAAUCAGACCCAGGGUCCUAAGUUUGACGAGGAAGAGGAGUCUGAGCUGACGGUGACAGAGCUGAGAGAGCGAGCCAGAAAACAGCGAGCAGAGCUGGAGAAGAGGAUGAUGGGAGAUGGAGAUGGAUCUGAUGAUGACGAUGAUGAUAUGAAGGACAAGGAGGAAGAUGGGGAAGGACAAGACAACAGGAGUCAGAGCAAACAAUCCAAUGAAGACUCGGGUUGUUCGUGGGGAAUGAGUGAGCGUCAAAGGUUUAUGAGAUCUGCAUGGGCAUAUUUCUGUGUUGCUGUGAACUUACUCUGAUAGUGAUUAGCCAAACACACAUGUUAAUCCCUCUGUGGUCUCCUUUGCUUGUUUCCUUGUCUCCAACUUACAGCUGAGGAGGCUGUCCCAGAGGAAGAAGAGGAUGAAGAAAACCCCUUUUCUACAGAGUUUCAUGAGGAUCAGGAAGCCGCAUACCUGAAAGACCCGAAAAAGGCUCUGCAGGGAUUCUAUGACAGAGAAGGUGGGGGUCCAUGUUUGUCUGAUGCUUCUUUAUUUCUGUGUUUUUUUAAUUCCUCUAACUCGGCAAUGGCACCUUUUUUUUUAUCUCAGGAGAGGAGCUUGAGUUUGAGUAUGAGGACAAAAGUCACGGCACCUGGCUCUGCAGGAUAAAGUAAGUCACAACUAUAAAAGCCUGUUUUCUGGCCUUUAGAAAGAUUGUGUGUUUGAGUUACAAAAAACAAGUUCAUGCUUUUGUUCAGGCUUCCAGUGGACGAUGCCAUGGGCCGACAGCUGGUUGCUGAGGUAACCCACACAGGGAAGAAGAAAGAAGCAGCCGUGCAGUGCUGCCUGGAGGCGUGUCGGAUGCUGGAAGCCAGGGGGCUGCUGCGCCAGGAAGCAGGUGUGUGUUCAUUGUGACGUCAGAAGUUUUAGACAAUAGUCCCAAGCUGGUUUUGGCUGGUGACCCCACUUUGACAUCACCAUGCCGACCCCAUCAGUUAAAACACAUACAAGGUUUUGCCCACAUCAGUCAUGUAAUGGCCUUUAUACCGUGCUGGAAGUAUUAUUUAUUAUAGAUUGAGUUUAAGUUAAUUUCUCCUCAGUGUUUAAAUAUUUAAGCGUCUGAAAAGCAGUGCUGAACCUACAAUGAGUCAAAUUAAUCAAAAACGUAUUAAUAAUGAAUAAGAGUGAAAUUGAAAAAUGACUGAUAACAGGCCACGGAAAAGAAAACAGUGCUAAGAGGCUUCACCUUGAGAGUUUUCAUAAUCGUAAUGAUCACAUCUUUAUUUCUAAAGCUCCCUGGAAUUAGAGUUGGAAAAAGUGCUUUGACAUACAGGCAGACGCAAGAACCCAAGACCAUGAACUUAACUGAGACCAUAAGCACAGAGGACAUGAGAUGAUUAAAGUAAUAAAUAGAAAAGAAAUAGUAAAGUGGAAGUAAAAACAAUAAAGGAGGAAAUGAAUCAGUAAAGAAAAUAGUCCUUGAGCCGGACCAGAUGUCGGUACCACUUGGGUGGGCAAAACCUUACAUAAACUAAAUUGUUUUUAGGGUCAAUAUAAGUAAAUUCAAAUAUGAUAGACUUUUCAUAGGGGUAGCUUUUUAUAUUUUUUCUCAUUUUGUUAUUUUCCUCAAUAGGCGAAUUUUUGUUAACUCCAAAAGCAACACAGACAGUCAAAAGCACAUUAAAAGUCAUACUCUUUUUGGGUCACACUGCUCUUUUCUAUAAAUGAAUCAAACCUGUGUCUAAUUAAAUGAGUUGAUGAAGUGGGAGUGGCCCAAUUUGAUGGUGGAGCAGUACUUUCAGGUAUCAUAGCACUUGAGCCAAGAACCAAAAUUUCACAUAUCGGUACCACCUGGGUGGGCAAAUUCUAGUUGUGAUUUUUUUUAUUGCUAUACAUCCCUACAAUAAGUUUUUAUAUGAUAGACCUUGGUAACUGGUAGCUUUAUUGUAGUUAUCACUCAUUGAAGUAAUAGAGUGCAGCUGUUCAAAAAUGAAAAAUCGCCUUCCUUCAAAAUUAGCUUUCUUUCAUUUUAACCUCUCAUUUAGGAGUGUUUGAACUAUUGGCUAGCCAUAGAGACUUGUAAUAACCCCCUAAGUAGUAUUUCAAGUAAUUUAUCUAAUACAGGUGUGUAUAUAUAAGCUUCAAUUAGCCAAUUGUAAGGUCUAAAUCAAGGUCUAAAUUAAGGAUAUUUUUUUACUUAGAAGUAGAAGUAAAGUAAAUGCAGACUAAUAGCAUUAUAAUAACACAACUUCAAUAUGACACUGACAUAUUUUCAAUGCAGGAACUCAAUAUACAAUCAUCCUGGCUGGUGCAGGGCAAGAAGACAUUAGCAACAAAAUAAGAUCUACUGAUGUAUACACUCUAUACAAUCAUCUGAGAAAAACUCAAAUUCCUAUUCAAAGUCCUAUUCUUUCCAUAAGGAACAGUGACAGCAAAUAUGACUGUCAAGUUUUGGCUUAGUACAUAAUACUGUCACUGAGUCACAGUGGGUCUGUUAACAUAGCUCCUUUUGGUCAUCAUUUAUCAAUCAACAUCAGUAAUCGACAGUAUCAGUAUCUGUAUCUUCUUCUACAUCUGAGUCUGCCGGUGUGCAAGGGGCUCUUCCUCACUGUAUUGGUUGGCACAAGUUUGUAAUUUGCACAGGUUUGUGCACUUCAGCCCAUUGCUGAGACAGGUGCAGUCUGGUGGUUUGCAUGUCCUCACACACUUGCAGGAUAGUAACUGCAAGACCGAAGAAGUAAAGUAAAUGCAGACUAAUAGCAUUAUAAUAACACAACUUUAAUAUGACACUGACAUAUUUUCAAUGCAGGAACUCAAUAUACAAUCAUCCUGGCUGGUGCAGGGCAAGAAGACAUUAGCAACAAAAUAAGAUCUACUGAUGUAUACACUCUAUACAUCUUAUUUUGUUGCUAAUGUCUUCUUGCCCUGCACCAGCCAGGAUGAUUGUAUAUUGAGUUCCUGCAUUGAAAAUAUGUCAGUGUCAUAUCAAAGUUGUGUUAUUAUAAUGCUAUUAGUCUGCAUUUACUUUACUUCUACUUCUAAGUAAAAAAAUAUCCUUAAUUUAGACCUUGAUUUAGACCUUACAAUUGGCUAAUUGAAGCUUAUAUAUACACACCUGUAUUAGAUAAAUUACUUGAAAUACUACUUAGGGGAUUAAUACAAGUCUCUAUGGCUAGCCAAUAGUUCAAACACACCUAAAUGAGAGGUUAAAAUGAAAGAAAGCUAAUUUUGAAGGAAGGCGAUUUUUCAUUUUUGAACAGCUGCACUCUAUUACUUCAAUGAGUGAUAACUACAAUAAAGCUACCAGUUACCAAGGUCUAUCAUAUAAAAACUUAUUGUAGGGAUGUAUAGCAAUAAAAAAAUCACAACUAGAAUUUGCCCACCCAGGUGGUACCGAUAUGUGAAAUUUUGGUUCUUGGCUCAAGGACUAAAAGUUAAAAAAAAAUAGGCGGAGGUAAAAGCAGGUAAAGGAGAGAAACAAUAGUGUUGAUGAAACACUGAAAAAUAAGGUGAUAUAACAAGUCCAGACAAAAAAAGUAGAGGCUAAAAGGUAAAUGCAGGAACUAGGAAUAAUAAUACUGAUAAAAUAUAAUUAAAUAAAAGAUAAUUCAUAUAAUAUAGCACAAGCAAAGACCUAGAUAAAAGGAAACAACACGAAUAAGUGCCACAAACUGAACAUCAUUACUUCUAACCCAGUGUGACUUUGCAGUGCUAGAGGUAUUUUAUUUGGUAUUCCUCUUUUUUAUAUUGAAUUCAUCACUGUCAUAAUUAUCUAAGCAUUUUGCUUCUAAGUGCUGAGUUGUUCACAAAGAGCUGCAUUGAAAAGUUAAUCCAUAGCCUUUUAAAGUCAGGUGGUGUAAUAGCUACAGUGUAUCUAAUCUGUGACAUAACAUCUAGUUGGAAAUGGGACUUUGACUUUAUGCACAUUAGAGCACUAAAUCUGCUUAAAUCAUACUGAUAUGCAGCAGGCAGGCAGUCAAAAACAUCUUUCACUUUUCAUUGGACAACUUUCUGUCCUGUUUUACUUUUUUUUGAGCAAUUAGGAGCAAAGAUUGUGCAAUUAUUACUUAAUAAAAAUGAUGAACAAUAUUUGAAACCAAAAUAAAUUAUAAAGAAAUGAGAAAAUUUCAAGUAUUACAAACCCCAGCAUAAAACUCUGUUUUAAUGUCUUUAGCAAAUGCUUAAUCAAAGCAGAAAUUUUCAGCCUCAUACACAGGAGUAAACUCUUCCUCUCACACUCACAGCACUCUUAUCAGCUGGCUGUAGCACUAGAGGCCGAUACAAAUAAUCAGACAAAUCCAGAAUAUCAGCUCCAAUAAUUAGCCUGUAUCAAUAAUCAGUCUGCCCUUCAUUUGGAAGAAUGUUGCAUCACUUCAUUCACCUAAAUGAAAACGUAUGUCCUGUUUUUAGUCUCCCGCAAGCGUAAGAAGAAGAACUGGGAGGACGAGGACUACUAUGACAGCGAUGAUGACACCUUCCUGGAUCGAACCGGCACUGUGGAGAAGAAGAGGAAGGAGAGGAUGAAGAAAGCCGGGAAGAUUGAGGAGCGGCCUGAGACCUAUGAUUCACUGGUGAAUAUAUCUUACACUUGAAUGCGUGACACUAAACUAAGUUUAGGGCAUCUGUCGCCUCAGAUUUAUCUUAUUUGUGUUGUAUGACAUUAUGUUUUAAGUAUUUGGUCAUAAACUAUCACCAAAACCACUUGGAUCUGUUCACCUUUUGAAUCAACUGUGUCAGGAAAUGAAAAAUUAGGGGAUUAGCAAAGAUAUUGCUGUCAUUCCUCAGGAGGAAAUAAAAAUCAGUUUAAGAUUUCUCAGUGAUUCAGUCAGUGGUUUUGGGACAUGUCACUAAAAUGAGAAACACAUGGUUGAGCCAGGAAAUAUCUGGAUCCUUCACUAUAGUCAGAUAAAUAAACCACUCCACCAAAUUUGAUUUCAGUUUAUCCAACAAUGUUUCGGUCUGGAAUCUAUUUCUCAUGGUCAGAUCUCUGUAUUUUUGUGUUUUAUGUGUCUGUUUGUAUGGGUUUAUAUACAGAUACAGGUGUUAAUGUAUUUAUAUGUGUAUAUGUGGACAUGUGUUGGUAAAUUUAUGUGUAUGUUUACUAGUGUUGUAGUACUCCAGAUCGGUCUUGGUCUCGAGACCAUUUUUUGAGGGUCUUGGUGUAGGCACUUACACUUGGUCUUGUCUCGGUCUUGGUCCUCUCUGGUCUCAGUAAUGUCUUGGUCUCGGUUGGUGCAGUCUUGACUACAACAUUAAUGUAUACUACAUGUAGCAUGUCAACGUUUCAUACCUAGAAAUUUACUAGGAUGAUGAGCAGAUGGCUGGGCUGCAGCUGUUACUUCAACUUAUUUUAUGCCACUUUAGUCAUAGGCGUUGUUGUUUGUUGUUUUUCUUCUUCUACUUCCAUUUCUUCUUUGCUAGGAUGCAUAUUAUCUAAUUUUUGAAUUAAUUUCUUGUAACAAGGGGUAGACAAUUUAAGUUGUCUACCCCUUUUUGUUUUUAUGCUUGAUAAAUGAAUGAAAUUAACUAAACUAAACCAAGAUCCCAGCCAUGCCGUAUCAGCUAUCAGCCUAGUCUCUGUUUUACAGACAUUUCUCCAGACUUCUUUGAAUGAUAUCAUGUACAGUAGGAAAACCCCCAAAAUCUUUGAUAUUUUUAAAAUUGAAGAAGAUGGAAGUUUUACAGUUGUUGAACUAGUUUUUCUCCCCUUGUCUCUCCCAGAGUGGUGAACCUUUUCCCAUCUCUACUUCUGAGAGUUUCUUUUACAUAUCUGGUCUUGUUUCUAAUAUGUAGUAGUUAGUUAGUCCCUGUCCUGAUGGUAUCAGAUUUACGCCAAACAUGUUUCCCUUAAAAUGAUAAAAUGAUUCAUAGUCAAAAUUAGAUUUGUUGGACACACAUCAGAUCUAAAAAUCUUCAAACUGUCUGCUUUCCUCUAGCUGCAGUAUUUGUCCUCUAUGAAAACACAAUAAAACACACACAGGAGCUGCCUGUUUGUCAUCCAUCUGUCAGCGGUUGUUGUGGCUCUGGAGACAGCUCUAUAGUGUUCGGUGCUUUAAAGUGCACUUAUACCCUGAUUUUGUGAAACAUACUGUAUGUUUGUGCUGAAACACUCGUGUGUUUGAAUUUCACGUAGGUGGCCAAACUGUCAGAGGUGGAGGAAGAGCUGGCAGAGACACAGAAAAAGCUCAGUGCAGGCAGAGGAGGUGAGUCAUGAUGGCCUGGGUGUUCACUACCUACAGAUGCAUGAUGCACUCGUGUUAUUGUGUGUUUCAUCCCUCCUCUCAGACUCCUCCGGCUCCUCCACCGAGGACCCGCUAGACGCCUUCAUGACCGCGGUGCGGAGAGACGCAGCGAUGGACGCCGUGGAGCGCAGGAAGCUUCAUGUGCACGUGGCAGAUUUACGGAAAGAAGCUCAGCGGCUGCGAAAGCUGGUGGAGCUCACGCGGCCUGCGCAGAUGCCCUCACUGCAGCAGAGGUUGGACACAAUGUUACACACCGUGUCACACAAAUACUGAAAUAUUAGCAGGUGUACUCUAAGGAUGAUCAACACUUUACAGUCUUUGAAACCUUCCCUGAGGUUAGCAGGGAUGAAUUUAGGGAUAAAUCUUCAAGUUCAAUUAAUAAAAAUCGAUAUUGGACAGAUAUUUUAACGUGUUUUGUUUAACAGUGGAAGCUCAGAGCCAGAGAAGCCUAAAAAGAGCUUACCGCUGUUUGGAGCCAUGAAAGGAGGAAGCAAAUUCCGACUAAAGACCGGCACCAUCGGGGUAAAUGUUGUUCACCAUCAUGUUGGCUCUCUCACUUCUCUGGGAACGUUUCUUUUUCUGUCUUCUCCUCCACCUCUUCCUCUCAAUUGAUGUCCUCUUCUGUCUUGUAGAAGUUGCCACCUAAGCGGCCCAACUUGCCCGCAGAGCUGUUCAACAUGAAAGAGCUCGCACCUGGCAGAGAGGAGGUAGAGGAAGAAGAGGAGGAGGAGGAGGAGGCAGCAGAGAAGAAAGAUAAGGGGAAUGCCGAUGAAGACUGUGAAAAUAUAACCGACAUGAAUGUUGACUGUGAGGAGUCUGGUGCAUCCAUGUCCCGAGACGGAUCUUCCACAGGACAGCAUCCGGAGAAAUCCCAGGAGCAGAGAGGUAAGAGCAGUGAGGACCAAGAAGUGGUUUUUAAAAGUCAACAUGAAAAAAAACAAACAAAAAACACAGAAGCAAAAAUGUUUUCAGUGUUCAGCUCAUCACUUUUUUUGCACCACUGGGUGGCAGUAUGUCUUUCAUACCAGAAGCAAAGUGUUCACUGUGUAACAUGGAGUUUAGUGGAGAAGAAAGUGACCUUCACAGUAAUAGAAGUAAUGAUGUUUAGGCUUUUUGAUUCAUUCGAUGAUUCAACACAGCGUCAGAUUCAUGUUGAAAUAUGAUGACCUAAGAAAGAUAUUGUUUUGAAAAGUCGCUCAACAAAAGCCUGAAAUCAUGUGGAGGCCUAACCACUCUUUUAAUUCAGCAUGUUCAAGUUUCUUCAAGAGACAGAUGAGAUGGUCUCUUUCAGUUAGUGUAUGAUUAUGUAUCAGUGUGUACUUUUAUUUCAUCGUCCUCUUCCCUCCGCUGAUGGUGAGCAGCGAUAUGCUCUGAUCUUCACUCUAUGAACUCAUGCAGGCCUGUGCAGACUGGCUCUAUAAAUACAUGCGGGACAAAAUGAUCAAAUCAAAAGUGUCAAAGGUCUAAAGGCUUUGGGUAAAUUUGCUCAUUUAGAAAACAAAAAGUGAGAAGUUAUUUUUUUAGUUCAAGUAGUUGAACCAGAUCCUUAUUAUUUUUUGAUAAACCAAGCAUUUGAUGACUCUCACUUUUCUCCUUUUUUAAUCUUUAUCUAUUUGAUCGUAGGAAGUGCUUUACAAGUUCGAGAUGCUGGCUUUCUAUUUAUCAUGAGCUGUGGACCAUUCUUACCUAAAAGCUUCUCAAAGUAGAUUCUGAAACUUCGUUUUAAUCUGAUUGGUUAAAAUGCACCUGUAGUACUUUUUCCUGAACAGGCUCUUGAACCUCAUGUAAAGUUAGUUCUCCUUCUGGCAUUUCCAACCUAGAUCAUCAGACAUCAGGCUCAUCCUGUGAAGCUUAAACUGAGUCUGAUUGAUUCUGUACAUCAGCUGUUACUUGGGCUGGACGAUAUGGGAAAAAGUUUAUCACGAUACAUUUUUAUGAUAUCAGUCGAUAUCGACAUAUAUCAGGGUAUGAAAAAAAAUCACUUGUCAAUCCUAAAUGUUCCCUGUUGCUCUUAAAUAAAUUGUUACAUUGACAGUACUGUCGGCUUCACCUGUUAAAGUGCUAUGGUUGCAUGUAGCUGCAGCUUGCUACUAUGCAGUUGUUUGCUACUUAGUUCGAAUUCAGCACAUGAUUGGUUCAGCACAAAGCAGACUUGGAGCAGCUCCCCUUUUCAUCGGCUAUUCAUAAAGUCUACCAAAACAUGGCAGAAUGUCGACUAUCGAAAAGCAUAUCGACCAUAUUUUAUAUUGAUAUUAAGAGAAAUUAGUUUUUGAUAGAUAUCGUUAUCGUUUUGUCGCCCAGCCCUAGCUGGUACUGAGUCAACUUUCCUUGAGACUCUUUUUUAAUGGAUUUGAUUGUAUUUUAAGCCUCUUUACUUAUAUCCCACCAAUCUUUGUGAUACUAGAGCAAAGCCACAGACGGAGGAGAGGUGACACUUCCACUGAAACAACAGAGGAAGUCCCACAGAGCAGCAACAAGAACAAGGCAAUGACCCCGUCCAGCUCAGGUAGGAUCUGUGUUUCCAAAUCUCUCUGUUUCUCUUCUUUAUCAGUGGUAACAACGCCUGAACUGAACCUUACUUUUCCCACGUGUCUGUAGAAUCAAAGGCGGCAGACACAGAGACGGCCGUGGAGCCGAAACCCAAAAAGGACACUAAGAAGAAAGUGAUUGGCCCCAGCAGAGUAAGCCUGACACACAAAUAAGUGUUUGUUUUUAUAACUUCAGAGAAUAAGCUCAUGAUCUGUCUCCUCAGCCUCCAGUGCAGCUGUCUGGACAGUAUCCAGAUGACGACCCUGAUUAUUGUGUCUGGGUUCCUCCUUCAGGUAAUUGACCGAUUGUGACACUAUCAGACCUGGGACCACCCAACCUUUGAGUAUAGAGUACAGUGAUGAGGGUUCUAGGGGUCACAUUCAGUUAUAUCUGCAUUAAAAGUUUCUCUACUCAUUGUUUGCCUGCUGUGCUGAUCAGAUGUGUGUCAGCAUGCUGGGGACAUAUAGUUCUUUCUAGCAGGUGUUCAAGUGCUUUUUGAACCCAAGAUCCCUUUUUUCUCCUACGUGCCGGACGCCACAUGAAUGCAGGAGAAUGUUUUCAUCCAAUUUAACCCCAUAAAUCUGCUGUUGGAGGAAUUAUGUCCCAUCUGGGUCGACCACAUUCCACUUGAGGGUUGAUUAAAAACUCAGGAGACUGUUAGCCAUUAGCUCCUUUUGUGGUUUGCAGAUUCCAGAUUAUAAGACACACUAUGAAAGCAGACAUGAACAUGUCCACAGACAGAACUUGCUCAGUGUGAUUUCAGCUUUUUUACUGCUGAUGCAGGGGAAGAUGUCUUAUGGGGCACUCACACCAAGUGCAAGUAAAAUCAUCUACUAGUGAUGCGUGAAUGAAUAGUAUUUACUCGCUUCAUUCGCGUGUCAGCGGUAAUUUCAAUGGUAUUCCCUGCCAAUUCAAUCGGCUUGAUCAACUGAUAGACAAAGGUUUUUUACAAUUUACCAGGUAAUCUGACCUCCUCACUCAUUUGCCUCCAGGAGAGCUCCUUUUUAUUCCGGUUUCGGGAAUUGAAAGAAAAGGUGUCAUAUAAUUCAGGGCAUCCACACACCGACACAAUCAGUUUGUCCUCCAUUUGAGAUACCAGUGAACAACCGUCCGUUUUCAUAUUUCACCCGGCAACCUUAAUGCUGAUUAGUUAUCACGAUGUGAAUAUUUGCUGCAGUUAAGACCCAAUUAAUGUCAUUCGCGCCGCCAGAGUUGCAGAAGCAUCUGAUCGCGUCUCUGCGUUGACUUAAGGUAAUUUAGUUGUGUGAAUGAUUUCACUCGCACUUUGAGUGUGGAGACAGUAAGACUUGAAGCACAAAGUUUUGAGUUGUCUUUGAGUUUUGAGUCUAAAUGAUGCUUCCAAUACGCAGCUGGGAAUUUUGACUUUUGAGAUUGUGGUAUACACCAUACACAAUGUCAUUUCCAAACAAGCUGGUUUUAGGUUUUAGGACAUUUUGUCUGCAGAAAUAGUGGCAAAAGUCUUUUUCCACAUCUGUAGACUCAGCCCUGUUUUUAUUCAGGACAUAGCAGAGCUGACUGUCCCAUGGAGAAGUCCUCUGUCGUGGUCAAGUGUGCGCCCUUAACCACAUGGCUGUUUGUGGUUGUGGACACUGGUUCUCAAAUGCGUCCAAAGUUUUAGACCUGUUGCCCAUCUAGGUUUGGUAUUUGAAGCAGAAUGCCAAACAUUUAGAAAUGAAAUAACAACACAGCAGAAAUAAAGUACAACAGAGAAAGUCAAACCUUGAUCACAGUCCUAAAAUUAUGGUGAGUCUGAGUGUUUUUAUUCCUUUCUUUGGACAUUUUACAGCCUGGGUUUGUAGGGAAAUGUCUGAAUCUCUUUUCUCUUUACUCGUAGGUCAGAGCGGAGACGGACGCACACACCUCAACGACAAGUACGGCUACUGAGCUGGAGCGUGUGUGCCCUCCGUCAGCUUUUAUACCGGAGAUAAUACCUGCAACACAAAGCCUCCAGUCUUCUUUGCUCUGACCGUAAACCCUCUCCAGCCUUCCCAGUCCCUGUGUGUGUUUGUGGAGCACAUCAGAGGACUUGCAAAGACAACCAGACUGCAGGUUUUUUUUCGAUCUGUUGGGGGGAUUCUGAGAAAGCAAACCAUUCCGCUUCACAUUAAACUGUCCGGCUCUGGGAAUUGCCCCCCUCAGAGCAGACACCGGGCAGUCAGCCUUCUGGCACUUUUCACCCCAGAUAUUAAUAGAGAUGAGAAGCUCUUGGAUUCAGACGGUUUUAUUUGAAUUCUAUAUCGUCCAGGCAGGAAAUAGAAGGGGUCCGAGCAGGAGCGACAACUGAUGUGGAUUCAGCUUCGUGCUCUUUGGCUGCUCCACUCUCAGUUAAGUCCACCCGACAUCCAAUCUGCAUCCCUCCCCUGUUUGGCUUCAGCCGAUCGCUGGCAUAACCUUAUUUUUUCCUCCAAAGGAGAGUGUGUAGUAAGGAGGGAGAGAGAGGGAGAGCAUUGAAGCAGCUUUUCUGACCAUCUGGCCGCUUGGAUGGCUUACUGGAUGAAACGCAAGCUGAUAAUGACUCAAGCUAAGUGGAGUGUGCGUGUAUGUCUCCACACACACAUACUCGCUCACACACACACCCCAACCUUCUCAAAGUUCUCUUUUUAACAAGAUUGUCUUUAUGAGCGCGUCAGCUGUGUGUGCGUGUGUGUUUGUGUGAGUGUGUGUGUUUGCCUGGAGCAGGAUUCCUCACUCUGUGAAAUCCCACUCAGUGCUGUUCUCUUGGUUUACUGCCAUACUUUCCACCCUCUUUCCUGUCGUCUUAACCCAAAACACAAAGUAAAGAAAUGUAUUUUGUGAUAAAAAUGUGGAAUAAAAGUGUCUGUAAAUUACC